ACAUGUAAGAAAGUACACAAAUCAUUCCAAAUCUGGUAUAAAUCCUUCUGAUAAUUCUGAAAUCAAAGCUAAUCAACCUUCAGAAUCUUCUGAAUUUACUACUGAAGAAGAUGAAGUUACAAGUGAAUCUGAUGAUAAUGGUGAUUUUGAAACAUUUGAAAAUUAUGCACCACUGGAUUAUGAGCUAUUUCGAAAUCCACCAAGUACAGAAUCAAUUAAUGAUUAA